UUUACGCAGACGCUAGCUUCAAGAUGGCUGCUGGAGACAACAGUGGCAGGCCUCCUUGCCUUAAUUUCUCCGGUCCGGGUCCUUUGGGAAACAGCCAGCCGAGCAACAGCGUCUUCUCCAUGCCAGCAUCCAACGGCGGAGCGGUCAGUGCGGCUGGGGGAGCGCCAGGAGUAGCGAGGCGUCCCAACCCGCAGAUGGGGCCUGGCGGCGGAGACAGCAACGGUGUUUCGACCGGACCGCCGCCGACUGCGCAGAACUCCCUGCAGCAGUCCGCUGCGACAGGUGCUGCGGCAACAGGAGCCAUGGCUACCCCGGCGUCCAACAUGGCAGCCACCGCAGCGUCAAACGCGGCUCUGGCGACAGCGCCCACCGCCACCCCGGCUGCUGCGUCAGUGUUGGUGUACCGAGAGCCCGUGUACAACUGGCAGGCUACGAAGAGCACCGUCAAGGAGAGGUUCGCUUUCUUGUUCAACAACGAGGUGCUCAGUGACGUUCAUUUCUUAGUGGGGAAAGGGAUGGGUGUUCAGAGGAUACCUGCGCACAGGUUUGUACUGGCUGUGGGUAGCGCAGUGUUCGAUGCGAUGUUUAACGGUGGGAUGGCGACGACCUCAACGGAAAUCGAGCUCCCUGAUGUGGAACCAGCUGCUUUUCUAGCUCUGCUAAAGUUUCUCUACUCUGACGAAGUCCAGAUUGGGCCUGAGACUGUGAUGACCACACUCUAUACAGCUAAGAAGUAUGCAGUGCCAGCCCUGGAGGCUCACUGUGUGGAGUUCCUCAAGAAAAACCUCAGAGCAGAUAACGCCUUCAUGCUGCUAACACAGGCGAGGUUGUUUGAUGAGCCUCAGCUUGCCAGCCUUUGUCUAGAAAAUAUUGAUAAGAACACUGGAGACGCUCUUGCUGCUGAAGGCUUUACAGACAUAGACCUGGAUACAUUAGUAGCAGUGUUGGAGAGGGAUACUCUCGGGGUAAGGGAGGUGCGUUUGUUUGGAGCUUCGGUGCGUUGGGCAGAGGCUGAAGCUCACAGGCAGCAGUUGCAGCCCACACCUGAGAACAAACGCAAAGUCCUGGGCAAAGCCCUGACACUCAUCCGCUUCCCUCUCAUGACCAUUGAGGAAUUUGCUGCAGGUCCAGCCCAGUCUAAUAUUCUUACAGACAGAGAGGUGGUAAGUCUCUUCCUCCACUUCACAGUAAACCCAAAGCCCCGUGUAGAGUUCAUCGACCGACCUCGCUGCUGCCUCCGUGGGAAGGAAUGCAGCAUUACACGUUUUGGACAGGUAGAGAGCCGCUGGGGCUACAGUGGAACAAGCGAUCGCAUACGGUUCUCGGUAAACAGAAGGAUAUUUGUGGUUGGGUUCGGCCUCUACGGCUCCAUACACGGGCCCACAGAUUACCAGGUCAACAUACAGAUAAUUCAUACAGACAGUAACACAGUGCUGGGCCAGAAUGAUACAGGCUUCAGCUGUGAUGGCUCAGCUAACACCUUCAGAGUCAUGUUUAAAGAACCUGUGGAGAUACUACCCAAUGUCAGCUACACUGCCUGUGCUACACUCAAGGGUCCAGAUUCUCAUUAUGGGACGAAGGGAAUGCGAAAGGUUACAUACGAGUCGUCAACCACCGGCACAAAGACCUGUUUCACCUUCUGCUACGCAGCAGGCAACAACAACGGCACUUCUGUAGAGGACGGACAGAUUCCCGAGGUCAUCUUCUACACAUAGUCACCUCUGACACCGCAACAAUCCUCCAUCAAAUGUGACAGCCUGACACCAGUGCAGGGCCACGUCUCAGCAUCUGUACUGGGGACUUAUUUGUCAGACAUCAUACUGUUCCCUCCAUAUAGUGCACUACAUGGGAAGACGAAUAGCCGUGAAGCGAUGUAGGCCACUACAUGGGGCAUAGUUUGUCAUUUGAGAUGCCGUCUUUCUUUCUUGGUGACUCCCUUUUAUCCUUUUGUGUUGUAGUGAUGCAAGUCUCAAAAAAACAGACAUGACUGUACCUCCACAAUGGAAGGUGAGAGGGAGGGAGAAGCCUCUCGGUUCAAACACAGUAUCCGUGUCACAGCUGUGGAUGGACGGCAUAAAACUUGACACUUAAUUCUAAUAAAAGAUGUACGAUUCCCCUUCCUGUACUCCACGGGAUUAGUUCGGAGGAGAGUCGUAACUGUAUGAAUGUACAGUUUAUCAUAUUUGCCAAGAUCGAUCUUUAUUGUCUAGUAGAGACCAGCAUUUCAUGCAAUUCCACAUGACUUCUGUAGACUGACAGACCUCAUAGGCUUGACACCGCUUGGCAAAUUUGAACCAGGCGUCUAUUAAUCUUAACAAUAUGAUUAUUAUGAGCAAAUUUUGGGGUUUUACAUACAGCACAAUCUGUGAUAUCUUGUGUCCUUGCUUGGUAGUUGCGUAUAACAGGGAUACCUUGCACUUCUUGGCAUCUGUUAAUUUGGUUGUUCUAUGGAUGCACACUUACUCUUCAUAAGUUUCUAUUUAGCUUUGUUUUAAAAAGUGUGGGCAGACGUUUAAGGGUUGUAUAUUAAAGUGGCAUUUAUUAACUAUAUAUGUAACUUGAAAUAACUAUUGAUUAAAGAGUGAGGAAAACUA